UGAUGGCAGACACAUUUGAUCACAGCAUUAUUUCUGUUGGAGAAGAGGAAGGAGCGGGCAAUUUCCAACGUUCUCUUCCAACACGAGAGUCCCUCCGAUCCCCUCGGGGCUCUGUUGUGAGUUUCCAUAACAUUCAGUACUCCAUUAAGCAGUCCAGUGGAUUCCUAUGUAAACAGAAAACUGUGGAAAAGAAGAUCCUUCAUAAUGUUUAUGGCAUUAUGAAGCCAGGCUUGAAUGCUAUCCUGGGGCCAACAGGGAGUGGUAAAUCUUCUCUCCUAGAUGUGCUGGCUGCCAGAAAGGACCCAGCAGGCCUGUCUGGAGAAGUGCUUAUAGAUGGCAUCCCACAACCUCCAAAUUUUAAGUGCAUCUCAGGAUAUGUUGUGCAGGAUGAUGUUGUCAUGGGCACAAUGACAGUGAGGGAGAACCUGCACUUCUCUGCUGCUCUGCGACUCCCCAGCUCCAUUGGUGUUAAAGAGAAGGAAGAGCGAGUCACCCAGAUAAUCAGCGAGCUGGGAUUAAGCAAAGUGGCUGAUGCUAAGGUGGGAACUGAAUUGAUCCGGGGGGUGUCUGGAGGGGAACGGAAGAGAACCAACAUUGGGAUGGAGCUCAUCACAGAGCCACCAGUCCUUUUUCUGGAUGAGCCAACAACUGGCCUUGAUGCCAGCACAGCUAAUGCAGUCCUCGUCCUCUUGAAGAAGCUCUCAAGAAGAGGGCGAACCAUCAUAUUUUCCAUCCAUCAGCCCCGCUAUUCCAUAUUCAAGUUGUUUGACAGUCUGACAUUACUAGCUUUGGGAAGGGUGCUGUACCAUGGGCCUGCAACGCAGGCCCUGGAGUACUUUAGUUCUAUUGGAUAUGAAUGUGAACCCUUCAACAAUCCUGCUGACUUCUUUCUUGAUGUCAUAAAUGGUGAUUCAACUGCUGUGGCAGCAAGCAAGGAAGAUCACGGACCUGUGGACACAGGAAAAGAAGAUAAUGUGGACAGCAGUGUCAUAGAUGUGCUGCACCAGAAAUAUCUCAACUCCAGCCUGUAUCAGAGCACAAAGGAAGCACUGGGGAAAGUGGAGCUUGGACAGGGAAGCAAGCAGAGAGUAUCCAAGCAGGGGCAUGAGAUUACCUAUGCAAAUGGAUUCCUCACCCAGCUGUACUGGGUGUCCAAGCGUUCCCUGAAAAACCUCAUCAGGAACCCACAGGCCUCCGUUGCACAAAUUGCAGUUACAGUAAUUCUAGCCUUGGUUGUGGGCGCUAUCUUUUUCGGUGUAAAAUUGGAUCGAAGUGGCAUUCAGAAUCGGGUUGGAUCCUUGUUUUUUGUCACCACAAACCAGUGUUUUUCCAGUGUCUCUGCAGUUGAGCUGUUCAUCAGAGACAAGAAAUUAUUUGUCCAUCAGUACACCAGUGGAUAUUACCGUGUGUCUGCCUACUUCCUGGCCUUGAUGAUAGGAGAUCUGCUGCCCAUGAGAACUGCUCCAGUCAUCAUAUUCUCAUGCAUCAGUUACUGGAUGAUUGGAUACCAAGCUGUUGCAGGCAGGUUCUUCUUCUUCAUGCUGACCCUGGUACUGGUGUCCUACACUGCCACGGCCAUGUCUCUGGCUAUCAGUGCUGGGAUGGAUGUGGUGGCUGUGGCAAAUCUGCUCAUCACUAUCUGUUUUGUCCUGAUGCUUAUAUUUUCAGGCCUCUUAGUAAACCUCCCUUCUAUAAUGGGCUGGUUGAACUGGCUGAAGUACUUCAGCAUCCCCCGUUAUGGCCUCACU